GUUUGUUAAUAAGUCACACUCGAUAAACCCAAGCAAUUUGCUGUCUGUGUUUUAGUUUGCUUAAUCCAAACACAAACACAUCGCCACAAAUUGCCAAGUCCACAAAUUUGCAAGUUAAUCUUGAGCGGAAUUCGCCAAUACAGUGUACAGUAAACCCUCUUGAAGCAGAAUGAAUAACCCUGGCUUCUCGGAGUUUUUUGUUAAAACUCCAACCAGUCGAUCUAUUCACUUGCGUGCCCAAAAGGUGGCCCAGGAACUGGUGCUGCAAAAUAAGGAAGUGCGGGCCAAGAUAUUGAACAAUAAAGUGCCUACCUAUGCGCAGUUUCGAAAGAUAAUGAAAUCUGCUGGCAAAGUGAAGGACCUGAAUCCGAUCACUUACAAAAGCAUGAUUGAAGUACGGCAAUCGCAGAUCGACCAUAGGCGUCUCAAGAGCAUCAAAUCGACGGGUGACUCGCUGGGCUAUCAUGCUCGCCUUCUCAAUCGCAGCCAGUUGGCCAGCGAGUUUACCCAAAAACAGGCGAUUUUUCGACAAAAUCUGGGACUCCUUGGACGGAUCAGCAAGACCAAUCGACUGAAGGGGGGCGUGGAUAGCUUUAAUCGCAAUUUUCCCGCCCUUCAGUCGAAUCGGAACAAGAUCCGUGAGCUGGCAGACCGUUUGAGCCAGGAGAACAGGCAGCUCGGGUGCCGCCUCUCGCAGGUGAAGUCCAAGGUGGACUCGCACAAUCCUUGGGUGACACCCGUCAAGCCCCUCGAGCAAAAGGCCUCCGAUGAAACGGUCAGUGCAUUCCUGCCCUAUAUGCCAUCGCCCCGCUUGGGCAAACGUAGUGCCCACAUCCUACUCCGACCCAUAAUAUACUUCGAUCUGGCGGUGCGGGAGAAUAACCAGUUCCUGGGCAGAUUACUCCUGCAACUCUACACCGAACUGAGUCCGGAAGUGGUGCUGCAGUUCGUGCGUAUGGCCACCCACAACGAUGUGGGUUGCCAUCGUUUUGUGCGAAUAUUUUCCAAUCUCUGGAUGGAGGGCGAACUUGUCCCGGAUGGCGAUGAUCCCUUGCGCAAUCACCACAGCGUUAAGCACUCCUUUCUGGAUCCCAGCAAGAUGACCGGCGUGAUAUCAUAUCCAUGGGACUAUCGCCGUCACUUUCCCCAGGGACUCCUCAGCUACACCAUCAGCUUUAAGCCAUCGGUGAUUCCGUGGCAGCGGGUCAUCUUUGGACGGGUUUGCGGUGGCCUGAGAGUGCUGCAAAAUUGCCACGAAUUCGGCACCAAAAAUGGCAAGACCAAGAAAACCGUGAUUGUCACGCGGUGUGGCCUGCUCUAAUGGGAGGCCAUACAUCGUCCGCCUCAUUAUGCAACUGCAUUAACAUAAGUCCAACGAACGGGUUGCACUCGAAAGUAACUAAAUUGCAGCACACCUUUGUGGUCCAAUGCAGCAGAAUGUUUUUUCCCCAGCAAAAUGCAAAUAAAAUUAUGAAGUAAA